CAAAUUUGACGGCAACGGUUGUGGCGGCCGCGGCGACUGCGCUCUACAAAGCAACAAGUUUUCAACUGUUGUUUCCAACAACAGCGCGUGCGUCUCUCUGUAUGUGUGUGUGUGUGUGUGUGUGCGUUCGUGUGUGUCUUUGCUUGUGUUAGUUUUGGCAUCAUAACAAUUUGGCAAUCAAAAAUGUAUUUUCACGCAUUUUCGUGCUGAUUUGGCGCCUUCGGCGUUGCGCCCCAAUUGAUUUGCACUUGCCAGCAAUUUUGAAGGAAUAUAUCCAAUUAAAGUGCCACACUCUCAAAUCUUAUAUGUGUGUUAGUUUGGGCUUAUAACACAAGCGAUUUGUGUGAAUCAUAAAUAUAUAAAAGCCGCGCAUAAAGGAAUAAAAGAGAAAAAACCAAAAGCAAGCAAAAGGCAGCAACCAGUUCCAAGGCCAUUCCAAUAACUGCUUUUAUUUUGUGGAUAUUUCUUCUUCUUCGUCUUCGUCUUGUCACAACUUUACUUGAAUACCCAUCGGAUGAUGCGUAUAGACCCAGUCACUAUGGCGGCUAUAUCAAUCGUGGCUAUGAUGAUUUAGAUAGUUCCUACCUCUUUGCACAAUUCGAGGCCAUGACGGAUGCUAGAAAUGGCGGCCAAUUGCCGCCAUAUACGAUCGAACCCCUUGCCAAUGCCGAUGCGGACACGGACGAGGAUGAGUUUGAGGAUAAUGCUGAGCACCAUGACGAUGGGGAAGAUGGUGAUGAUGUGUUCAAGGACUGCGCAGACGAUGCCAUAGCCGAGGACAAUGAGCUGGCGCACAACAAUCGCUGCCUGCCCGAAUUUCAGUUCUCGAUUGUCGAUUCGGAAUAUGAUGAGACGCUGGCGUUUCCCGAUUCCGUAACGAUACUGUCGACUGUGGGCGAUAAGCCGGUGCUGGUCGAGCGGAAGGAGACCGACGACGACGACGAGGAGUUUGACGAUGAGAACAGCGUCCUGAUGCGCCAGGAGAUACCCUUUACCAGCAUCUAUGGCGCCAGUGUGAAGUUCAAUUCGUUUCAGCGCAAGGUCUUUAUACCAGGACGCGAGAUACAUGUCCGAAUUGUGGACACGGAGCGAAGUGUUACGACACAUCUACUCAAUCCCAACUUGUACACCAUAGAGCUGACCCAUGGCCCCUUCAAGUGGACCAUUAAACGGCGCUACAAGCACUUCAAUUCCCUGCACCAACAGCUCAGCUUCUUUCGCACCUCGUUGAAUAUACCGUUUCCCAGUCGCGCACAUAAGGAGAAGCGCACGACCUUGAAGGCCGCCGCCAGUCAAAUGGCCGAUGAGUCCACGCUGAAGGAUCUGCCUGCCCAUACCAAAGUCAAGCAUUCCAGCACGCCCAUAAAUAGUGCACAAAAUCGCACCAAUAACAACAACAAUAAUAACAAUAACAACAACAACAACAAUGAAGGAGCUGUUUCCAUCAUAAGUCCCACACAUAGCUCCAUUCUGUCCAGUCUGACGCCUCGACGCAGUCAACGGAAACGCAAGAAAAAGAAACGGAAACUGCCGCGUUUUCCAAAUCGUCCCGAGAGUUUGAUCACCGUGGAGCAUCUGCCGGUGCGGAUCAAGCAGCUGGAGGAUUAUCUAUAUAAUCUGCUUAACAUUAGUUUAUAUCGAUACCAUCAUGAGACGCUGAACUUUGUCGAAGUCUCGAACGUGUCGUUUGUCUCCAAUCUGGGCAUCAAGGGCAAGGAGGGUGUCAUACUGAAGCGCACCGGCUCAACACGUCCCGGGCAGGCGGGCUGCAAUUUCUUUGGCUGCUUUCAGCGCAAUUGCUGUGUGAGAUGCAACUACUUCUGCUCGGAUGUGGUAUGCGGCACGUGGCGCAAUCGCUGGUUCUUUGUGAAGGAGACAUGCUUCGGCUAUGUGCGGCCCACAGAUGGCAGCAUACGCGCCGUUAUACUGUUCGAUCAGGGCUUCGAUGUAUCCACGGGCAUCUACCAGACGGGCAUGCGCAAGGGCCUGCAGGUGCUCACGAACAGCCGGCACAUUGUACUGAAGUGCUGGACACGGCGCAAGUGCAAGGAAUGGAUGCAGUAUCUCAAGAAUACAGCGCACACAUAUGCCCGCGACUUCACUUGCCCCAAUCCGCACAUGUCGUAUGCCCCCAUGCGUGCCAAUACCCAGGCUGUCUGGUAUGUGGAUGGCGCCCAGUAUAUGGCCGCCGUUGCGGAUGGCCUCGAGGCCGCCACGGAGGAGAUCUACAUAGCCGAUUGGUGGCUCAGUCCGGAGAUCUAUAUGAAACGUCCCGCUCUGGAUGGUGACUACUGGCGGCUCGAUAAGAUAUUGCUGCGCAAGGCCAAACAGGGUGUGCGCGUAUUUGUACUGCUCUACAAGGAAGUGGAAAUGGCGCUGGGCAUCAACAGCUACUACAGCAAAUCCACGUUGGCCAAGCAUGAGAACAUCAAGGUCAUGCGACAUCCGGAUCACGCACGCGCUGGCAUUUUGCUGUGGGCGCAUCAUGAGAAAAUUGUGGUAAUCGAUCAGUCAUAUGCAUUUAUUGGCGGCAUAGAUCUGUGCUAUGGCCGCUGGGACGAUCGGGCGCAUCGCCUGACUGACCUGGGCAGCAUUUCGGCGGCCUCCGUGUCGGGCAGCGCGCGCUGCACGCCGAGCGCCCACUUCAACAAGGACGAGGUGGACUCGGCCUUUGGCUCGCGCAAAUCCUCACGCAACGCACACUACGAGUCGACGGCCAAGGAGCCGGAGAGCGUCUCGCCCGUCCUCGCCAGCGAGGAAUCGACGCAGAAUCUGACGGCUGGCGUGGAGCUGCGCACGCUAAAACCCGGCGAUCGGCUGCUCAUACCGGAGCUGCUAUCGGCAGCGUCCAGUGAGCUGGCCAUUGACUCGACGGCGCUGGAGGGCAUGAAACUGAAUACGCCCGAAAUGGAGCGCAAGAAUAUGCUGGAUCGGCUCAAGAAUAAUGCAAUGAAGGGCGCACGCAAGGGCAAGGACUUCAUGCAGCGUCUGGCGACCGGCGAGACGCCAGACAAUACGCUGGAGCCAGCCGAGGCGGAGUUGGAUGCCAACGAGACAGCAGCAGCUGGAGCUGGCGAAACAGAAGCAGCAACACUUGACCACGCGGAUGUGGCGCAAAGCUCCAGCUCGGCGGCGGCAGCCAAUGCGACGGCGGCCAGCACACAAAUACUCAGCGAGUUCUAUGGCCAGGCCAAGUAUUGGUUUGGCAAGGACUAUUCCAAUUUCAUACUCAAGGAUUGGAUGAACCUGAAUGCGCCCUUUGUCGAUAUCAUCGAUCGCACGACCACGCCCCGCAUGCCCUGGCACGACGUCGGCCUCUGUGUGGUCGGCGCCUCGGCACGGGAUGUGGCGCGCCAUUUUAUCCAGCGCUGGAAUGCCAUGAAGCUGGAGAAGCUGCGCGAUAAUGUCCGCUUCCCGUACCUGAUGCCCAAGAGCUAUCACCAGAUACGACUCAAUGCCCAGCUGCAGCAGCUGCAGCAGCGACGACAGCAGCGCGUCACCUGCCAGCUGCUGCGCAGCGUCUCUGCCUGGAGCUGUGGCUUCAUCGAGGCGGAUCUCGUCGAGCAGAGCAUACACGAUGCCUACAUCGAGACGAUAACAAAGGCCCAGCACUAUAUCUACAUUGAGAAUCAGUUCUUUAUCACCAUGCAGCUGGGCAUGGGCGUGUCCGCUGCCUGCAACAAUGUCCGAAAUCAGAUUGGCGAAACCCUCUUCAAGCGCAUCGUGCGCGCCCACAAGGAACGCAAGCGCUUUCGUGUUUAUGUGAUAAUGCCCUUAUUGCCGGGCUUUGAGGGCGAUGUCGGCGGCAAUACGGGCAUUGCAGUCCGUGCGAUUACCCAUUGGAAUUAUGCGUCCAUAUCCAGAGGUCGCACAGCUAUUCUGACACGCCUUCAGGAAGCGGGCAUCGCCAAGCCGGAGAACUACAUAUCCUUUCACAGUCUGCGCAAUCAUUCGUAUCUGAACAAUACGCCGAUUACGGAACUGAUCUAUGUGCAUUCCAAGCUGCUAAUCGCCGAUGAUCGUGUUGUCAUUUGCGGUUCGGCGAAUAUCAACGAUCGUUCGAUGAUCGGCAAACGGGAUUCGGAAAUUGCAGCCAUUAUCAUGGAUGAGGAGUACGAGGAUGGGCGCAUGAAUGGCAAAAAGUAUCCGAGCGGCAUCUUUGCCGGCAGAUUGCGCAAAUAUCUGUUCAAGGAACAUUUGGGUCUAUUGGAUCUGGAUAGUGCGGCGCGCUGUGAACUGAACAUUAGCGAUCCGGUCUGCGAUCAGUUCUGGCAUAAUACCUGGCGUCGCAUAUCCACCAGAAAUACGGAAAUCUACGACGAGGUAUUCAAGUGCAUACCCACGGAUUUUGUCAAGACAUUUGCCAGUCUGCGCAAAUAUCAGGAGGAGCCGCCGUUGUCCAAAACCGAACCCGAAUUGGCCGCCAAGCGUGCCACAGAAAUUCAGGGUCAUCUGGUUAAUCUGCCGCUGGAUUUCCUCAACAAGGAAGUCCUGACGCCGCCCGGCACCAGCAAGGAGGGCCUCAUACCUACCUCUGUAUGGACAUAGUCUGCCAAAAGUCUUCAAGACGUAACUAGUUUAAGCUUAGCCAGCAAAAGAAAAUAAAUAAUAAAAAUACUGGUGUAGGUACAGUCGCGACAAAAGCUUUGUUGACUGUUUAGUUUAGUUUUCUAAUUAUGCAACCCACCAAAUGCGCUUAAACUUAUCAAGUUGCUGUUUGCCAAGUCAAGUAAAACUAUAAAGUUUGUACAUAUAUAGAAAUAUAUUUUGUGUAGUAGGUAAAGAAAUCUAUAAACUAUUAUCUGUUUGCCUUACAGCUAGUUAAUUUAUUUUACGGUAUAUCGACGUCCCCCUAUUACGAUUAAGAUUUUAUUGUUAAUGUUUGUAAUUUUAAAAACAGUAUUCUAGACAAACUAAAGCGCAAUUAUAUUUUUUAAUAAAAUUCCAUAAAAGUGAUGUAAAGUACGAAAUAA